UGCUGCGUUUUGUUAACUUUAUUGAUAGACGAAGAAAAGCAAUAACAGGGUGCUGCUCCUCUUCCAAGUAUUCCACAUUUUUGUUGUUUAGUUUUGUGCUUAUUGUCUUCAAAUACACGUUCCAAACAAACAAAAAUGACGUUUGCUGUUCCGGUGUGGCUGGCGGUGCACGAGCUUCUCCUGGAAGAAGAAGCGGCGGAGAAGGAGAACUCGACCUGUUUUGACGAAUUCAACGACGCCGCUUUGUUCGAAUACUUCCACCUCACGCGGCCCUGCAUCGCUUUCAUCGUCGACGCCGUUCGAAUCCGCAUGAAAACGGUCUCCUGCAAGAAACCCUCGCCUCCGGUGGACGCGUUCGUCAUGGUGGCUCUUAACUACUUCGCGCAUGGCGCGUUCAGCCCGCUCGUGGUGCAGAAAGUGGGCUCGUGCCUGCACGCCAGCCUCACGAGCGUCGCCAGCUCAGCAUCGGGGGUCAUCGCGGGGAUGUCGGACGUGUUCAUCUCUUUCCCUCUCACCGCGGAAGCCAGGAUUCAAAACGCCGCCGUCAUUAAAGAGUUCUGCAAAAUCCCCAACGUCCUGGGAGCCAUGGCUCCUGCCCAGUUUAAGAUCAGGGCUUCUCCGUAUGAGAAGGAGUUCUUUAAGUCCUUCAUCAACGCGCAGGGCUUCACGUCGGUGGUGAGCCAGUUCAUAUGCGAUUCCCAGGGCAACAUCCUGAGUGUGGAGAAAUGCUGCGUAGGGAGCACUUCGGAGCAGGAACUCUGGGAGUCCUCAUUCAAAGGCAGGGAGGUGGAGGAGGAUCUGCACGGACCGUACUGGUUAAUCGCUGGGUCAGGUUACCUCUUGGGGAAACAUAUUUUGACUGCUGUGGCCAAACCUGAAACCAACGAGGAAGUCCUUUUCAACGAGGCCCACGCCAAGAUGCUCAGCGUCAUGCAAGAAACCCUGGACCUGCUGAAACGGCGGUUCAGGUGUCUGAUGCAACUCGGUUUCACAGAGGAGGGCUCUUUGAACAAAAAGUUGAACACCAUCAAGGCGUGCAGCGUGCUGCACAACAUAGCGUUGAAGUUCUCCGUCCCUCCUCCGGCUAGAGCAGGAAAAGCAGAGUCUCUCUACUCAGGAAAGCAGUUGACAGCAGAAACCAGCUCUGAUGCUUUGAUGGCCCGAAAGGAACUCAUCAACAAGAAUUUUUCAGAACCCAGAAGUCAAGAUUUCCUCUGACAGCAACAACCAAUCAGAAUUCAUGAAUCUGUUCAGCAAAAAGAACUACGGUGGCUCUGGAAAGACAACUCAGUUCAAGUUUUAUAGUUUCUUCAAUACAUUUGUUAAACUAGAUAUUUUGUAAACGCAAAAUAUUUAAUUUACUGUACAAUAUACUAUAUUUUAUUGUAGUUUAUAUUAAUUAAACAUUUUCUUUUCA